AAAACGACUAGAAACAAAAUGGCCGAUGUUGUAGUGAUCUCUGAGACCAUUGUUCGACCCGAUAGCUACGAAGAAGAUGGAUCGGAUCGGGUUAAGAUCCAUGUCACUCAAUUCGAUCUCAUGCUUCUUCGAUCCAACUACACACAAAGAGGUUUUUUCUAUCCUCAACCUGACCCGGAAACCCAUAUAAUCUUUCGACUCAAAUCCUCUUUUUCUCUGGUUUUAAAAUUUUUUUACUCGUUCGCUGGUUGUCUAGUGAAGAUCGAACUGCAUCGUUUUUCAUCGAUUGCGAUAGUUCAGCCUAAUCAGACUAAACCAACUAACCCAAACCAAAUCAGCCGGUUAAGUAAUCUAACCUGA